CACGUCUUUCUAGCAGCUACGAGCUAGCUAAGCUGAGCUGAGCUUCGUCGUGACACUACCACGGCGGAUUUGCUUACGCCACGGCUACACAUACAGACAUAACACGGCGCGCUAGCUGCCGCCAGCCGGUGCAGUGACGAGAUGACGACGAGGCUGCUGCUCCUGCUGGUGUUGGCGCUCGCCGCCGCUGUGGCGGCGGCGGACACGGAGACGGAGCCCCGCGCGACGUACAUAGUCCACAUGGCCAAGUCCGCGAUGCCGGCGGAGUACGCCGACCACGGCGAGUGGUACGGCGCGUCCCUGCGCUCCGUCUCCACCGCCAAGAUGCUCUACUCAUACGACACCGUCGCGCACGGCUUCUCGGCGCGGCUCACGGCGCAGGAGGCGAGCGACAUGGCAGGCAUGGACGGCGUGCUGGCCGUGAACCCGGAGACGCGGUACGAGCUGCACACCACGCGGACGCCCGAGUUCCUGGGCCUCGCCGGGAGCGAGAACCUGUUCCCGCAGUCCGGCACGGCCGGCGACGUCGUCGUCGGGGUGCUGGAUACGGGCGUAUGGCCCGAGAGCAAGAGCUACGACGACGCGGGCCUCGCGGAGGUGCCUUCGUCGUGGAAGGGGACCUGCAUGACCGGCACGGACUUCAACUCCUCCGCCUGCAACAAGAAGCUCAUCGGCGCGCGGUUCUUCAACCGCGGCUACGAGGCGGCGAUGGGGCCCAUGGACCCCAGCAGAGAGUCGCGGUCCCCGCGCGACGACGACGGGCACGGCACGCACACGUCCUCCACCGCCGCGGGGUCCGCCGUCGCGGGGGCGAACCUAUUCGGGUUCGCGUCCGGCACGGCGCGCGGCAUGGCGCCCAGGGCGCGCGUCGCGGUGUACAAGGUGUGCUGGCUCGGGGGCUGCUUCAGCUCCGACAUCCUCGCCGGGAUGGACGCCGCCGUGGCCGACGGCUGCGGCGUGCUCUCGCUCUCGCUCGGCGGCGGGUCCUCCGACUACGCGCGCGACAGCGUCGCCAUCGGCGCGUUCUCCGCCAUGGAGCAGAACGUGCUGGUGUCCUGCUCCGCGGGUAACGCCGGGCCCGGGAGCUCCACGCUGUCCAACGUGGCGCCGUGGAUCACCACCGUGGGCGCCGGCACACUCGACCGCGACUUCCCGGCGUACGUCGUGCUCGGCGACGGCAGGAACUACACCGGCGUGUCGCUCUACGCCGGGAAGGCCCUCCCGACGACCCCGAUCUCCAUCGUCUACGCGGGCAACGCGUCCAACUCCACCAGCGGGAACCUGUGCAUGCCGGGGACGCUCUCGCCGGAGAAGGUGUCGGGCAAGAUCGUGCUGUGCGACCGCGGCAUCAACGCGCGCGUGCAGAAGGGGUUCGUGGUGCGCGACGCCGGUGGGGCGGGCAUGGUGCUGGCCAACACCGCCGCCAACGGGCAGGAGCUGGUGGCGGACGCGCACCUCCUCCCCGCGGCCGGCGUGGGCGAGAAAGAGGGCGCCCUGAUAAAAUCCUACAUCGCGUCCGACGCCAAGCCCACGGCGACGAUCGUGGUGGCCGGGACGCAGGUGGACGUGCGGCCCUCGCCGCUGGUGGCGGCGUUCUCGUCGCGCGGGCCGAACAUGGUGACCCCGGAGAUCCUGAAGCCGGACAUCAUCGCGCCCGGGGUGAACAUCCUGGCGGCGUGGACGGGCAAGGAGGGGCCGACGGGGCAGGCCGCCGACACGCGCCGCGUGAGCUUCAACAUCAUCUCGGGCACCUCCAUGUCGUGCCCGCACGUGAGCGGCCUGGCCGCGCUGCUGAGGAGCGCGCACCCGGAGUGGAGCCCCGCCGCGGUGCGGUCGGCGCUGAUGACCACCGCCUACUCCACGUACACCGCCGGCGCCACCGGGCCCAUCCUGGAUGCCGCGACGGACAAGGCCGCCACGCCGUUCGACUACGGCGCCGGCCACGUCGACCCGACCCGCGCGGUGGAGCCGGGGCUGGUGUACGACAUCGGCACCGGCGAGUACGUGGAAUUCUUGUGCGCGCUCAAGUACACGCCCAACAUGAUCGCCGCGCUGUCCCGGAGCAAGAGCUACGCGUGCGCCGCCAACAAGACCUACUCCGUCUCCGACCUCAACUACCCGUCCUUCUCCGUGGCCUACUCCACGGCGAACGGCGAGACCGGCGACUCCGGGUCGACCACGGUGACGCACACGCGGACGCUCACCAACGUGGGCGCGGCGGGCACGUACAAGGUGGAGGCCUCCGUGUCCAUGGCCGGCGUGAGCGUGGAGGUGAAGCCGACGGAGCUGGAGUUCACGGCGGUCGGGGAGAAGAAGAGGUUCACGGUGAGCUUCACGGCGGCCAAGUCGCAGCCGUCGGGCACCGUGGGGUUCGGGCGGCUCGUGUGGUCGGACGGCGGAAAGCACAGCGUGGCGAGUCCGAUAGCGGUGACGUGGACAUGAGUGACACGAAAAUGGCGCAAGCCAAGUGUGCUGACCACGCUGGUGUAAAAUUUGGGGGGAUUCAAUCAAGGGAGGGAAGUGUUGGUCGUAUCUUAAACAUCUCAAAGUGUAUCAUAACUUUUAGAUGGUGAUUUGGGGAGAAAUGAAGGUGAUGGUUGGAUGGAUCA